ACUGCCUACAAAGAUCAGUUUGUAACAGACAUAUGAUAAUAAAUAUUCUCAUUAUUGAUUGUCCAUCAUAUUGUAUGUAUGUUUGUAUGUAUAUAUGUGUGUGUGGUAUAUGAGUAUAAUGCAGUUUCAACAGUGUAUGUACCCAUAUGCAUGUCCCUAAGAUUUCGACGAAUGAGGCUGAGUGAUAGAUUUUUUUAAUUUCGAUUUAUAAAACGUGUGUGUGUGUGUGUUUACAACAAACAAAACAUGUCACCGUUUCAACAAAAAAAAAAUUAACGGAAAAUAAUUAUGUUCACUUUCCUGGUUCAUUACUACUAUGGCAUAUUUUUUUACUUAAAGAAACUAACAGUACUUUUUUUUUUUGAAAGACUGUCUUUUUAUGAUCCAUGUGAUUAAGAAAUUUACAAAUGACUACUUGUUCACCGGACCAACUUAACAAUCUACCAUAAUAUAAAUCCUUACAAAAUUAAUAAUAAUAAUAACCCCUAUUCCCAACUGAAAGAUAACUGUAUAAUACAUGUGAAUCGAUCAUAAAUUGUCUUAUCUCCAGUCCUUUACCAAACAUUUACAUACCGUUCUCUUUUCUUUUUUUUAAAUAAAUAAAUAACCAACUGUGUUAAAUGAUGACACAGGAUAGUGAUAAGCAAAGUAUGCAUUUUUAAAUCAUAUAUAUAAAUACAAAAUAAACAGUAUGUUAAUUGGUGUAUAUAUUUUAAUAUUAAAUUAUAACUGUUUUACAAUAAGCUAUGCACAGUUUGCAUUAGCUAAUACUUUAUCGAUAAAUAAUGAUUAUCAAAAUAAGUGGAGUUAUCAUCAAGCAGAUCGAUCAGCUGAACAAUGGGAAGAUUAUUGGCAAACAAUUUCACCGUCAAAAGUCCCAAUGAAACCAAGAAAAUUACAUCUUGUGGACAUACACAAAAGAACUCGUUUAACAUCAGUAUUAUCACGAACAGAUCAAGCUGGUGUACAUGGACAAGUAGACCUACCAUAUUUAUGUGUUGAAUUAGCAUGGGAUCCUCCUGAAGGUCUACAUACCACAAAACAAAUCAGUUAUCAAGUAUUUGUUAGACUGAUAGGUCCGCAAGAAUUAAUAGAAGAACUAACAGAUACAACUCUAAGUUCCAGUGAAUUAUACGGAUCCAGUUUAGAACGUGAAGGUGGCCAUCCACUAUUACAAAGGAGAUUAUUAGCCAAUGUUACUGGUAAUACAUUUAGAUCAUCAGAAAGUGACAGGAUUGGUUAUGGAUUAACCUACUUAUUUGAAGUUGCACUUAUGAAUACAAGUUCAGUAGGUCUUACAGCUCAAUUAGAGGUGACUACACCUGAUGCACCUCCUUCUAGCAGUCCAUUACAUGUUCGCUUAAGUGGUCUAUCAUCAAGUUCCGUUGAAGUUAGCUGGGCUCCACCUCCAGUACAAUAUCGUAAUGGGAAACUUACUGGUUAUGAAGUUAGAAUUUUCGAAGUUGGUGCUGAAACACAAACUGAGACUAUAAUCAAAGUGACAGUACCAGGACAAAGACAAUAUACAGCAAGAGGAUUAAAAGAGAAAACAUUUUAUACAUUUAUGGUUAGAGCAUUUACUUCAGCUGGACCUGGACCUUGGUCUGGUGCAAGCAAUAUACGUACAAGUAUUGAGUUGCCACCUCCACCAUUAGAUAUUCAAGCCUCAAGAAUUAAUCAACAUCAAAUCAAAGUAACCUGGCGCAUACCAACACGUGAAGAUCAAAGUGGUGUAGGCAGUAAACAAAUCUCAAUACAAGGUUUUCGUCUACUUUAUUCCGCUAAUAAUAAUCCUUAUGAAUCGGGUCAAUGGACGUCAUUUGAUGUUGGCCCAGUUAAUAUGGCCAUUAUAAGUCAUUUAGAAAGUAAAACGAGUUACGUAAUCUGUAUUAAAUCACGUGGACCAGAUGGUCGUUAUGGUGACUGCAGUCAACCGGUAAUUAGUCGACUAGCCAGCGGUAAUGGUGAAAGUGAUUUCUCAGUACGUGGUUUAUUUUGUUCUGGAGAUGAUACUAGUGUGAAAGUUACUUGGCAACAACCUAAACGAACAGAAAAACUAGAAGGCUUUAAAUUGCGUAUUGGUGGCUCCAAGAAAUUCGCCGAUGAUGCUGGUGUAAUUAAACGUUUGGAAUUUCCAGCUCGUAGUGUCAGUGUAACAUAUGCUGCAUUACAUUCUGGUUAUACGUAUACAGUUAGUGAUCUGGAACCGAAUAGUGUUUAUGAUGUACAGUUAAGUGCAUAUUAUGAUUUAACAUUGAAUAUGCAAAGUAAUUGGGAAACCACAAGUUGUUUUACUCAAAUGCAACGUCCACCAUUUGUACCAACGCCAAUACCGGUUGCUGUAUCACCAAGUCGAUUACAAGUUUUACUUCAAUUAAGUCGUGUUAGUGAACAAUAUGGAAAAAUACGACAAUAUUUCCUAGUUGUUGCUCCUGUUCAUUUAGCUGAUAGUUCAACAGAAAAGAUAAGUAUAGACACAACAAUUACAGCAUCUAGAGGUCUUCCAAGCUCAGAAACACGUUAUGUUGCAGCUCGUUAUCUGCAAGAUUAUUUUGAUCCCCCGCCAAGACAUUCUAGAAACUUUACUCUUGGUAGUUAUAAUGUAAAAACAAAUCGACCUCAAAGACAUGUUAAUUCAAGUAGAAUUCGACGUCAGACUGUGGCAACGGAUGAUGAAUUUCUGCAUGAACAAGAUUCAGAAAUAAUGUUUGACAAUAAAGCUUUAGUUCUUGGACAAGAAUACAAAGCAUUUGUUAGAGCCUGUGUAUUUCAAGAAGAUCAGUCUACUUCUGAUGGCCCAGAAGCAUGUACAUCAUCUGCAUGGUCUCAUGGUUUCGGACCAGAUCGCCAUCUUCCACCAUGGAGCGAAAUGAUGAAUAAGCAUUUAAGAGAUAGCGAAUUCAGAAAUAAAAAUAAUUUAGAUGCAUCUGAUAAUAGGAAUAGUAAUUCACUAGGAUUUAGCCUAACACGUGGUUUCACCGGAUCAAACAGAGAUCUAUUUAUUAUUGGACUAGUUGCUGUAAUCGUUAGUUUGGCAUUGAUUGCCGUGAUAUGCAUUGCAUUUGGAUGUUUUAUACGUCGUAAACGUCGUCCGAAACUAAUUAACCAUUUAACUCCAAAUGAUUCAACAAUGAAACAACCACUGAUGCGAAUGAACGACUGUGGCCCAGCUAAUGGAAACAGUUUCCCCUUAAUCACAAGUGGAAUAGAAGUAAUAAAUACUAAUUUUACAUCCUCUGUCGAUAAACGUGGUAGUUCGGUUGUUGGUAAUGAUAGCUUAAAAAGUGCAACUCUUAUCGCUGCCUCUUCACCAGGGCCGCCACAAUCCUCAUUAAUUUCGUCAAUAUCAGCUACAGGUAGACCAAAUCUGAUCACAUCGGCAACAUCAAGCCCACUUACAGGCAUUGCACAAUUGGAUCCAAGGCAUCAUGUUACUCAGGCUCCUUCUCCAAUAAUCGAUAUGUCGAUACACCAUGGUUAUUCCCUUGGUUUGACAAAUCUCAAUACUCCACCGGCAAUUCAACAACCAAUGAAUCCUUUUAUUUCACAUCGAGGUGGAACUUCAAGCAGUCAUACAGGAAGUCAUCCAAGUUCUUUAACUGGCAGUGGAACAGGUGCAGCAUACAAUGUAAUGGGAAUAAAUAAUAAUUGUGUUAGUGAAAAUAAUGCUGCUACAAUAUGUGACGGCUUAAUAAUUGCAAGAAAUGGUUUACCAGGUUCUGAAAGUGGACCCGAAUCCGCAUUCGACAUGCCGCACUUACCAUUUGAAAUGAAAGGUCAUUCAAUGCAUCACCCAAUUCCUGUUAAUCUUCUACCAGACCACGUUGCACGACUUUCGGCUGCAGACAAUUUAUUAUUUUCACAAGAAUAUGAAUCUAUCGAGACUGAACAACAGUUCACAUGGGAAAAUUCUAAUCUUGAUGUGAAUAAACCUAAAAAUCGUUAUGCUAAUGUAAUUGCUUAUGACCACUCCAGAGUUGUUUUACAAUCAAUCGACUGUGUUCCUGGUUCUGAUUAUAUCAAUGCAAAUUAUAUCGAUGGUUACAGACGGAUGAAUGCUUAUAUUGCUACUCAGGGUCCUACCCCCGAGACAUUUUCCGACUUUUGGCGUAUGAUAUGGGAACAACGUGUAUCAAUUAUCGUAAUGAUGACUAGAUUAGAAGAACGUUCUCGUGUUAAAUGUGAUCAAUAUUGGCCAUCACGUGGACCAGAAUCAUUUGCAAGUGGCCUCUUAUUGGUUAAACCUGUUGAUACCAUUGAACUAGCCUAUUAUACUAUACGUACAUUUCAUUUGACAGCUCGUGGAAUUGAAGAUGAAUGUAGAGAAGUUAAACACUUUCAAUUUACUGGAUGGCCAGAUCAUGGUGUUCCUGAAUAUCCUAUACCAUUAUUAUUAUUUAUUCGACGUGUUCGGGCUACACUAGCACCGAAUACAAAUAAUAUGUUUCAAUCCAAUCAUAAUGUGGAACAAGCACCAAUUGUUGUUCAUUGUUCUGCUGGCGUAGGAAGAACAGGUGCAUUCAUUGUAAUUGACAUUAUGCUAGAAAGAUUGAAAUAUGAAAAAACUGUAGAUAUUUAUGGUUGUGUUAAAGCAUUACGUAAACAACGUAAUUUUAUGGUUCAAACAGAAGAUCAAUACAUUUUCAUACAUUCAGCUCUUUUAGAAGUAAUUGAUGCUGGAAAUACUGAGGUACCAGCUAGAAAUUUAUCUGCUCAUAUUAAAAAAUUACGUAUGUUAGAUGCAACUGGUGGAUCAGGUAUGGAAUUGGAAUUUAAAAAAUUGGCACAGUUUCGAUUACCACAUGCUAAAUACACUUCAGCACAACAGGGUUGUAAUAAGAAUAAAAAUCGUCUAUUGAAUAUAUUACCAUAUGAAUCUACUCGUGUCCCAUUGCAACCUAUACGUGGUGUUGAAGGAUCUGACUACAUAAAUGCUAAUUUUGUGGAUAGUUAUCGCGAUCGAAGAGCAUAUAUCGCAACUCAAGCCCCAAUGGCAAAAACAGUGGAAGAUUUCUGGAGAAUGAUUUGGGAAUUGAAUUCUAACAUUGUUGUAAUGUUAACCAAUCUGAAUGAACGAGGCCGAGAAUGCUGUUAUCCUUACUGGCCAACAGAAAGAUCAUCUAGAUAUCAGUAUUAUGUUGUUGAUCCUAUGGUUGAAUAUAAUAUGCCAAAUUACACACUGAGAGAAUUUAAGUUAACAGAUGCACGUGAUGGUCAAGCACGUACGCUUCGUCAAUUUCAGUUUACAGAUUGGCCUGAGCAUGGUGUACCUGAGAGUUGCGAAGCAUUUAUUGAUUUCCUUGGACAAGUACAUAAAACCAAGGAACAAUUUGGACAAGAUGGUCCAAUUACUAUACACUGCAGUGCUGGAGUUGGCAGAACAGGUGUAUUCUUAGCUUUAUCCAUUGUUCUUGAAAGAAUGAGACAUGAAGGAAUUGUAGAUAUGUUUCAAACUAUACGAAUGCUUCGAACACAACGACCUGGUAUGGUUCAAACUGAAGAUCAAUAUCAAUUUUGUUAUAAUGCAGUUUUAGAAUAUCUUUCAUCAUUUGAUCAUUAUUCAGUAUAAUUGUUGACAGAUGUCAACAUUAUUAAUCAGAUAAAUAGAUAAAAUAAGUUAUUUCCUAAAGUAUCAAAAUGAAUCGCCCUCUUCAUAGCAAUUGAAACUAGUCAAUAUUACUUCCUAACGUACUAUUUACUUUCUGUUACUAAGACGUUAUCUGUUGUAUUUUAUGCUUCCAGUUUUUUAAUGUUCACUGAACCUUUGAUUCUGUAUAUUGUAUUACCACUACUACUACUACUACUACUACU